AUGAGUCGGAUCUCUUACAGAUCAUCUACUGGAGGGACCAUGAGAGGCUUUAGCUCAGGCUCUGCUAUCGUAGGAGGUGGCAGUGGUCCCAGAAGCAGUUUUAGCUCCGUCUCUGUCUCCAGAGUUGGAGGAGGAAGAGCCGGAGGUGGAGAAGGCUUCAGAGCUGGUGGUGGCUUUGGCAGCCGAAGUCUCUAUAACCUAGGUGGAAGCAAAAGAAUUUCCUACAGCUCAGUUGGUGGUCUACGGAGUGGAGCCGGUGGUGGAUAUGGCUUUAGUGGAGGAGCUGGCUUUGGUCUUGGUGUAGCAGGAGCUGGUUUUGGCUUAGGAGGUGGUGGUGGCAGCUAUGGGCUGGGCAGUGGAUUUGGGAUGGGAGGUCCCGGAUUUGGUGGUCGAGGUGGCCCCGGUUUCCCUGUUAUCCCACCUGGUGGUAUCCACGAAGUGACCGUCAACCAGAGCCUCCUGGCACCCCUCAAGCUGGAUAUCGACCCGGAAAUCCAGAAGGUGCGAACACAGGAGCGGGAGCAGAUCAAGACCCUCAACAACAAAUUCGCCUCCUUCAUCGACAAGGUGCGCUUUUUGGAGCAGCAGAACAAAGUGCUGGAGACCAAGUGGAGCCUCCUCCAAGAGCAAGGUCACACAGUCACCAGGAAGUCCCUUGAGCCACUUUUUGAAGCCUACAUCAACAACCUCAGACGGCAGCUAGACAGUCUUAUCGGAGAGAGGGGAAGGUUGGACUCUGAACUGAGGAACAUGCAGGACAUGGUGGAAGACUUUAAGAACAAAUAUGAAGACGAGAUCAACCGGCGCACUGGUGCAGAGAACGAGUUCGUGGUCCUCAAGAAGGAUGUGGAUGGCGCUUAUAUGAACAAGGUCGAGCUGCAGGCCAAAGCAGAUGCACUGGCAGAUGAAAUUAACUUCCUGAGAGCUCUCUACGAAGCGGAAUUGUCCCAGAUGCAGCAGCAAGUAUCCGACACCUCCGUGGUCCUGUCCAUGGACAACAACCGUAACUUGGACCUCAACAGCAUCAUUGCAGAGGUCAAAGCGCAGUACGAGGACAUUGCCAACCGGAGCCGGGCCGAGGCUGAGGCUUGGUACCAAAACAAGUAUGAGGAACUGCAGGUCUCCGCCGGGCGGCAUGGUGAUGACCUUCGUAACACCAAAAUAGAAAUUUCGGAGAUCAACCGGAUGGUCCAGAGGCUGCGGAAUGAGAUCGAGAGCGUGAAGAAACAGUGUGCCAACCUCCAAGCAGCCAUCGCCGAGGCAGAGGAACGCGGGGAGAUGGCCCUCAAGGACGCCAAGGCAAAACUGUCUGAGCUGGAGGAUGCUCUGCAGAAGGCUAAGGCUGACCUGGCCCGGCAGCUCCGUGAGUACCAGGAGCUCAUGAACGGCAAGCUGGCCCUGGACAUCGAGAUUGCAACCUACAGGAAGCUGCUGGAGGGCGAGGAGAGCAGGCUUGCCGGAGAGGGUGUCGGAGCCGUGAGCGUCUCCGUGGUCAGCAGCUCAAGUGGGAUGGGCUACGGCGGCGGCAGCCUGGGCAUGGGCGGAGGUCUCGGCAUGGGCGGAGGUCUCAGCAUGGGAGGCGGCGGUGGCGGCGGCUACAGCAUGAGCAGCAGCGGCGGAUUUGGAGGAGGGAGCGGAGGGCUUGGCGGAGGGCUCAGCUAUGGUGGAGGCAGCACCUUCAGCUCCGGGAGCAGCCGAGGCAUCAGCUCCAGCACAGGAGGCAGCGUGAGGAUCGUUUCCAAGACCACCACUAGCAAAAAGACCGUCAGAUAA